AUGGGGGUCGCGGCGUCGAUAGCCACCGGCAACAAGUCGGCGGCGCGGUGGCGGAGCUGGUCGUUCGCCAGCAUGGCCACGCUGCUGGCCCACUUCGGCUCGCUGUCCUUCUUCCUCGGCCCGCUGCUGGCGGCGUACGCGCCGCGGCGGCUGCUGCUGACCUACUUCAACCUCUUCCUCCGCCGGCGGGCGCGGAGGCUGCUCAACGUCGUCGACCCCUACAUCACCGUCGACAUCCCCGACUGCCCCGCCGCGGCGAGGUACUACCGGAGGUACAACCCCGUGGACACCAGGGACACCCCCUACGACGAGGUGAAGGCGUACCUGAGCGCGACGUGCGCGUCGGAGGCGCGGGAGCUGCGCGCCGAGGGCGCGGCGGAGGGGGACGGGCUGGUGAUCAGCAUGCGCGACGGGCAGGACGUCGCCGACGAGUUCGAGGGCGUGACGAUGUGGUGGUCGUCGGUGACGGAGCAGCAGGGGCAGUGGAAGACGGAGCGGCGGUGCCUCCGCCUCACGUUCCACAUGCGCCACCGCCGCCUCGUCGUCGACGAGUACCUCCCCCACGUCCGCCGCGGGGGCGGCGAGCUGCUCUUCAGCAGCCGCCGCCGGCGGCUCUACACCAACAACAAGAUGUCGGACUACUCGUUCGACGACGAGAGGGCUUGGAGCUACGUCGACUUCGACCACCCGACGACGUUCGACACGCUGGCCAUGGAGCCGGCCAAGAAGAAGGAGAUCAUGGACGACCUCGACGCGUUCCGGAAGAGCAGGGACUUCUACCGCCGCACCGGCAAGCCGUGGAAGCGCGGGUACCUCCUGUACGGUCCCCCAGGCACCGGCAAGUCCACCAUGGUCGCCGCCAUGGCUAACUACCUCGACUACGACAUCUACGACGUCGAGCUCACCAUGGUGACCAACAACAACAACCUCCGCAAGCUCCUCAUCGAGACGACCAGCAAGUCGAUCAUCCUCAUCGAGGACAUCGACUGCUCCCUCGACCUCACCGGCGACCGCGCCGCGCGGCGGCCGUCGUACAGCGACGACCAGCGGUCCAGCCAGGUGACGCUCUCCGGCCUCCUCAACUUCAUCGACGGGCUCUGGUCGGCGUGCGGCGGCGAGCGCAUCGUCGUCUUCACCACCAACCACGUCGACAAGCUCGACCCGGCGCUCAUCCGCCGCGGCCGCAUGGACAUGCACAUCGAGAUGUCCUACUGCGGCUUCGAGGCCUUCAGGACGCUCGCCAAGAACUACCUCGACAUCGACGCGCACCCCCUCUUCUCCGCCGUCGGCGAGGUGCUCCGGAACGUCAACCUCACGCCGGCCGACGUCGCCGAGUGCCUCAUGACGGCCAGGCGUUCCGGCUCCGGCGACACCUCCUGCCUCGAGAUUUGCAUCGGUGAGCUCAAGAAGAGGGCGGAGGAGAGGGCAAAGGAGGAGGCCGAAGCAAAGGCGAGAGAGGAGGCCGAGGCCAAGGCAAUGGCAGAGGCCGAGGAGAAGGAGAAGGAGAAGGCUUUGGCCGAAGCGAAGGCAAUGGUGGAAGCCGCCGCCGCCACGGCAGCGGCGGAGCCCAGCGCAGCCAAGGACAGUACGUGACGGCAUACAGGAGAAAUUACUGAAUAAUUCAGAAUCACGUAGUUAUCGGUACACAAACUCAUCAAAAUUUUGUUUUUGUUUUACUGAUGAAUUGCCAAUUUCAACUAUGAGUAUGCAAAUCAGUGUUAUAACCUAUCAUUGGAGCAAAUUGUAUCUUUCAGAGUUCUUAUGAUUUGUUUGUAGCUAG